AUGAGUUAUUUUCAAAGUACUGGGAGACCAGUAAUAUUGUUGAUCAACGACGAGUAUGGGACUUCCAAGGGAGGGAUUUCUACCGUCAACUGCGAGGCGAGCCAAACCCUGCAGGGCAAGGCGGUCGUGUACGCCACAGCCCUGCGUGUGCCUGAACAAGACCAGGAGGCAGCAGACAGAGACGGCGUCAAACUGAUCACACCCGUUCAAGCAAAAGGGGACACGAGAGCGCCAUCCCUCGACUGGCUGACCUUUGACUUCAAGCUCCGCUACCCAAAAUCGACGCUACCACCACAUGAAUACCUGGAAAGCCGAGACCCGAAAUCGGCGCUACCACCACAUGUUGAUGUCAUCGUCGGCCACGCUGACAUCACAGAUACGGCAGCACAAAACAUCCAUGACGAGUACUACAAGGAUGAGGCAGACCUCAUGAUGUUCACCCACGUCAUACCCGAGGACACCGAGUACUACAAGGGAGGCCGGAAGGCCAUGAAAGCACGGGAGAAGGAGAAGGAUAUGCUUGAUAAAGUCGACAAGGCAAAGGCAGCUUUCUCUGUGGGUAGACGGAUCUUUGAACACUUUGACAACAAGUACAGGGGAGGGAAGGAACCUCAGAGUCACCACAUCUUCCUCCCGAAGCCAUCAGAGUUGUUCCUGUCCGCCAAAGUGAGACCCGGGGGACAGCAGAAGGUCGUCCUGUCCAUCGGCAGGGUGAGGAAGGUGGAGAAGCUGAAAGGUCAUAACCUCGUGGCAGAGUCCAUGAGGGAUGUGGUGAAGAUAAUCAAGAACGCCCGUUGGUGGGUCCGCGGCAUCAGCGAGGACGACUUUGAGGCAAGCCAGAAGAUCCUGGAAGACGCCCUGAACAGUCCCGACCUGAACCCAACCCUGCUGCCGUACGGGACCCAAGAGGAGAUCAGGGAGGACAUACUGCAGGCCCACCUGGUACUGAUGCCGUCCCGCUCCGAGCCGUUUGGGCUGGUCGGCCUGGAGGCCAUCGCAGCAGGCAUCCCCGUCCUCAUCUCCAGCCAAACCGGCCUGGCAGAGAUGAUCAACGACCUGAUCAAGGAGAAGAAACUGAACCCAGAGCACAGGAAUGUCAUCGUGGAGACCAGCGUGAACGACCGCGAUCGUGCCGGAGAUGCAAAGAGGUGGGCAGACAGAAUCGUGGACGUCCUUGAGUACAGCGACUCGGAGUUCGAGAAAGCCGCCAGGUUCAAGCGGGAGCUCGUGGCGUCCAGGUACUGGGAGGAAUCCCACAAUGCCUUCCUGUGGGCCUGCGGCAUCACGACUGGAGCAGCUGAUCAGUAG